GUGUGGUACAUGGACGGAUACUACAAAGGUCGUCGUGUCUUGGAAUUCCGAACCCUCAACGACUUCGUGACGGGUCAGAACUUCGUCCAACACCUCCUGCCUCACCCUUGGGCUGGGACAGGCCACGUGGUCUACAACGGAUCCCUGUACUAUAACAAAUACCAGAGCAACAUCGCGGUCAAGUAUCACUUCCGUUCCCGGAGCGUCCUGGUGCAACGGAGCCUUUCCGGCGCCGGCUACAACAACACCUUCCCUUACUCCUGGGGAGGAUUCUCUGACAUCGAUUUCAUGGUGGAUGAGAAUGGGCUGUGGGCAGUGUACACCAGUAACCAGCACGCCGGGAACAUCGUGGUGAGCCGCGUGGACCCGCAGAGCCUGGAAGUGCUGCGCAGUUGGGACACGGGUUAUCCCAAAAGAAGUGCCGGAGAAUCCUUCAUGAUUUGUGGGACUCUCUACGUCACCAACUCUCACCUGGCUGGAGCCAAGAUCUACUUUGCUUACUACACAAACACUUCCAGCUAUGAGUACACAGAUAUUCCUUUCCAUAACCAGUAUUCCCACAUCUCCAUGCUGGACUACAAUCCCCGCGAGAGGGUCCUGUACACCUGGAACAACGGGCACCAGGUCAUCUACAACGUCACCCUCUUCCACGUCAUCAAGACGUCUGGAGAGCUGUGA